AUGGCUUCCACGAUGCAGCUGGAGUUUUCACAGGCCAUGUCCGACUUUAAAAACAUGUUCCCGGACAUGGAUAGGGACGUCAUUGAGGCGGUGCUACGUGCCAACCAGGGCGCCGUAGAUGCCACUAUCGAUCAGUUGCUGGCCAUGAGCACGGACAAUCAGAACGAAAAGCUGCGUCAUGAGCUGGAAACUGACGGUAGUGGUCCGCGGCCUGGUGUCGCCAUUAAUCAAUCCACCGAUCGCCCGCUGCUUGAUCUGUCCAGUGAUGUGCCGAGCGCUGGAUCGGAACGAUUCCUCAGCACAUCACCGAACGCAACCGCCAGCUCAAUCGUUGCGCAACAGUUGGGCGCGUCGCCAAAAAUACGCAAACCACCUGCCGGUAGUGCGACCGGAAGCGCCACCAACAGUCCCCGCACACACGCCGGACAGCAAGCGACACAGCAGCUACGCAACGAUACGACGCUGGGCGAAAGAUCGGCCGGAUUCGCUUCCACCACGGCGACGAUGAACCGUCGCUGGAAUCCACCGCUCGUUGGGCCACUGCCGCCGACAUUUUUGCGGCUCGGUGGAACGGCCGGCGGUACGAUCGGACCGGACGGUACGUACCGCAGCACCGAGUUCGAUCUCGGUGACGAACAGUUCGCGAUGAUGCUGCAAAACGAAGAGUUUAUGGCGGAGUUGCGAUGGAACCAGGAGUUCCUGUCCGCGCUGGAGAAGGACCAUCAAGGUAAGGUGCAGGAUGAUGCCGCGUUCAAGGAACGGUUGCGCCACAUGGGUAAGGUGUCGCGCAAAAAGUUCGCCCAGCUGGCGCGUGUCUUUACGUGGCAGCGCGGCGGCAACAAGAAGGCUAGUGCCGUACGGCAUCCGGACUCGUUGUUGCUGCAGGAGGAGCACAGCGACGAUGAGGCGGAACCGAAGCGGGUUGCAUCGGGCAAAAAGUAG